UGAUUUCCGGGAUUUUUGUGAUUCCAGUUUUAGUUCGACUCGCGGUAACUUUCGCCGUACGAUUUGAUUGUUGAGUUCACAGUAAAACUUCCGAAGAGAGGAAAUAUAUUUUUUUCCGUGGCAGGAAAAAGCGAAUAUGACGGCCUUUUACAGAAAACAAGCACAAACAAGCGUGAAGCACAUGGAAAAACAAUCGCUCUAUCAUCGAUUUAGUCAAGAACUGCUUGCGUAACGUGAAACAUUCAAAUCUAGUUGUUUAUUUUAGACUGAUAAUCACGGAAAGAAAGAAUUCAUUCGUCCCGAAUUGCACGAAACCUUCAAGUCUUCGACACACUUAGAUGGAACAGCAGCAGAGCGAAAAAACUCAUCCUCGUGCGAAUUUUUUUCCGUACAGAAGAAGCAGCUUGGCGGUGAAAGAUAGAAGAGAUGUCUACAUAUCUAACGAGCCGUUAGCCGAGGACCAGAAUACGCAAGAGUUUAUUGAACUUCCAAGUGUCGCAAAUGAAACGUCAACCACUGCGAGUGGCACGAUGGGCGAGAAAAUCCUGAGAUGGGGUCGGAAAGGAAAUAAAGUAUCUCAACAACCAUUGCAAACCGGAAAUACAGAGGUGUAUAAUGAUGAUGGUGGUCCCAGUCCAUUCAUCCAAAAAGGUGAACCCCAGGAUGAAGGCCCUGCUAGUGUUGAAGAGAAGAAAAGAAGAAGAAAAUGUUUGUUCUAUAUGGUGUUAACUGUUAUCAUCGCUGUGGUGGUACUCAUCAUAUCGAUACCAGUAACAGUUACCGAGAUGGCCAAGGCAACACAAGCCGACCGACUUAAAGUUGGGAACAAAGACAACUUUACACCAAUCACCUCCUGCAAGGGAUUCCCUGCUAAUCUAUCCCAUGGUAGUGUUGUAUGCUCUGGGCAUAACAUAAGCAGUUCUUGUCAGAUUGUAUGUGACAGUGGUUAUACAUUACAAAGCAGGUAUACUGGGGAAUUUAUAUGCACAUCUGAUGGACUAUGGAAUGGCACUAAUGGGACUUGCACUCCAGUGGAAUGUGGAAUUAUUCAGGAAUACCUACAAGGGUCUUCAGUAGGCUGUCAAGGUGUCAAUUCUCCAUUAUGUACUAUUGGAAUCAGCCAUGGAAGCUUACAGUGUAAUGGGUCAAGACACAGAGACAUGUGCAUUAUAACAUGUGAACCAAACUAUGUACAAAAUGCAAGUAAUCCAUUGUGCCUUGCUGAUGGAUCGUGGAGUGAUUUGAACAUCGGCUGUGUUGCCAAGGAUCCUUGCCUAAUGGGGCAAAACGACUGCAACAAAAUUAAUGGGACAUGCACUGUGGACGCACCAGGAAAAUACACAUGCGCCUGCAAACUCGGAUUUGCUGGAAAUGGAAUUGAGUGUGGUCAGGAUAAGGACCUUGAUGAAUUCCCAGACGAAAAACUGCCAUGUUACGAAGCUUCCUGCCAAGGGGAUAACUGUCCAUUAACACCCAAUAGUGGCCAGGAAGACACCGAUAGUGAUGGUGUAGGUGAUGCCUGCGAUGAUGAUGAUGAUAAUGAUGGUGUGCGUGACAUCCGCGAUAACUGUCCUUUGAUCAGUAAUCCUGAACAAUUGGACUCGGACCAAGACACCAUCGGAGAUUCCUGUGAUAAUUGUCCCAGGGUCUGGAACAAGCAACAGAGGGACGCGAAUGGUGAUGGUAGAGGGGAUGAGUGCACAGCUGACCCAGACGAUGAUGGAAUCGGGGGUAGCCAUGACAACUGCCCUAUGCAUUAUAACCCUGAGCAGCUAGAUAGGGACCGCGAUGGGUUUGGGGAUACGUGUGAUAAUUGCCCAGCUGUACCUAAUAACCAAAGUGACACCAAUCAGAAUUUAAUCGGCGAUGCGUGUGAAGGCGUGGACAGUGAUCAUGACGGCGUAAUUGACAGGGCAGAUAACUGUGUGUCUGUCCCAAAUGCAGAUCAAGUAGAUACUGAUUCAGAUGGAAUCGGAGAUGCUUGUGAUAGUGAUACGGAUGGGGACGGUGUUUCUGACGGCUCUGAUAACUGCAGGCUUGUACCCAACCAAGCACAGAGUGAUGUUGAUGGCGAUGGUGUGGGUGAUGCUUGUCAGACUGACGCAGAUGGGGAUACAGUCAGUAAUACGAAGGAUGACUUUGCUGUGGACAAGUUUAAGAACAAAACUGACUUCCGGCGAUUCGAGGAAGUUUUACUGGAUGACGAGGGAAACUCGCAACCGCCCCCAAAAUGGGUUAUACGGGACAGUGGACGCGAGGUGGUGCAGCUACGAAACGGGAACCCAGGUUUGCUUCUGACUUACCCUCGGUUUGAUCAUCUUGUUUAUACCGGGACGUUCUUCAUCAGUGACAGCCUGGAUGAUGACUUUGCCGGUAUAGUGUUUGGUUACCAGAGCAACCGAAAUUUCUACCUUGUGUCGUGGAAGCAAAAGACGCAGACAUACAAUCUGCCGACGAACGCUUCCUAUCCAAGGUCAUGCGGGCGUCAGGGUAUAAGUCUUAUGGCUGUGAAUUCAAGUACAGGACCAGGCGUGGAGUUGCGUGACGCGUUAUGGGAAACAGGUAACACAAUCCACCAGGCCCAGCUCUUGUGGCACGACCCUGCUCCGGCCUGGCGUCCUUUUACUGCGUACUGGUGGAAGCUGGUCCAUGAUCCGGACACCGGACGAAUACGUGUCCGAUGGUAUGAGGGUUCUCGCUUGAUCUCAGACUCUGGUAACAUCGUAGACGUCCGUUAUCGCGGAGGACGUCUCGGCAUGUAUGUCUUUUCACAGUCUGACGUGUAUUACUCGGCGCUAGCCACGCGCACACCGCAGAUUACUGAUUAUGCGUUGAGUUUUGAUGGUCGUCAUGGUUACGUGGAGUUGCCUGCGCUAGAGGACAUCACUGGGAGAGACAGCAGCUUUACCGCGGAGGCCUGGGUCUGGACUAGUGGACCAGACGGCCCCGUGGUAUGUGACCUUCCUCCUAUCGACUUCGGUACACUGACAGCCAACACUUCCUUCUUGAAGCAGUCAACAGACGACGACGAUGACUGGAAACUAAGUAACCGUGGCACGCUAACAUCUAGCACAGGUCCUGCUGCUGACCACACCACGGGCUCAGGCUACUACGCUUUUCUAGAAGCUUCGGGAAUCGCUAGAGGGAACAGGGCGUCGUUUGAGACUCCAUGGUUUCUAGCGUCUGAAGGGUGUAACGUAUCGUUUUUCUACCACAUGUGGGACGGAAGGGCGUCCCCUACUCAGAUGGGCUUUCUACAAGUUGACGUCAGAUCCACUCGGGUCACGUGGUGGCAGGUGUUCCAGCGGAAGGGAAACCAUGGCAACACGUGGCACCAAGCUGUGUUGGAUUUAUCGGCUCCCAGUCCACUGCAAGGUCACUCCCCUGCUCUAACCCAUAAUGCUGAGCGCUAAUCAAGAAAGCACUCGGGUACGGUACCAGCUGACAGAUGACAUGUAUUGCGAGAAGUGCAGCAAGGGGAAAGAGACGGUAUCAAGAAAACCAAAUUUAUUUCUCACAUGGCACCUUUAACUGUUACGUGACGCAACUGAUGCACAAUUUAUUAUACAUUCAUUAUUAUUUGAUAAGGUAAAAAUAGUGCUGUGUAGGAAGGAUUAUCAAAAUUCUGCAUGCUUAUCAUCGGAUCAUGGCGUCAAAAAGAGUUUAUCUGUGUUAGCUACCGUGUACUACACAGCCGCACCUCCCAUAUAGCAACAUCUUAUGAGGUCACGUUUUAUUAAAUGUUCAUGCAGAGACAAUAUGACGUCAAACUUUUCCCACCCGCCCAACACUUUGUGACGUCACUGUGGUGCACAUCUUCACCAUGGCAACACUUCUAAGCAUCUCAACAUUUGAUGACGUCAUAAUAAUAAACACACAUGGGACUAUCUUCACAUAACAUUCAUUUUGUUCGCCCUUUUCAACAUGAUAACGUGAGAAUAGUGAUGUCAACAUAGCACACAAUUUUGUUGCGAUGGCAACAGAUCGUGACGUCAUGCAGAACAGACGGAUACAGGCAAGUCGAGCUCCUUGAGUAGGCGUGACAUCAUCUGAUAUUGACAAGUGCUGUCAGACAUGUCGAAGAACGUCAGGUCGAGCCAGGAGUGGCACAUGUUCUCGAUUGCUUGCGCUCUUUCGCCCUCGCACUCAUCUAAUCGGACCACCAAGGCGAGACGUCCCUACAAGUAUCAGAGUUGAGUAAUUAGUGCACUCGACUAAUCGGACCACCAAGGCGAGACGUCCCUACAAGUAUCAGAGUUGAGUAAUUAGUGCACUCGACUAAUCGGACCACCAAGGCGAGACGUCCCUACAAGUAUUAGAGUUGAGUAAUUAGUGCACUCGACUAAUCGGACAACCAAGGCGAGACGUCCUAAGAAGUAAGAGAAUAAAGCCAUUAAUGAACUCGUGUUUUCGGUCCAUUUGGACUUAUAGAGAGAUAAUAGAGUGAAGUAAUUGGUGAACUCAUCUAUUCGGAACACUAGUACAAGUUGUCCACUAGGACAAAAUGGCCCUA